GGUUCAACCAGGUGUUCAACGUUCCGCUGCCGAUAAAAUCUGUAGCCUAUAGCGUGACCCUUUCAUGAUUUUUUUAAUACCAGCUAUGUCUGAAAUUUGAAGCUUUUCCAGGUAAAUGUAAUAGUCGCCGUGAGCAUCUGGACCGGGCUUCUGGUCGUCAUUCGACUUCCGGCGCUUCCGGCAUCAAAAAUGGCAAAAUGGUGGACGCGCAAGUUUUGAACUUCAAUGACAGUUUUGAAAAAGAAACUGUUUUUUCUCGACGGCCAUAAUAAUGAGCAGUAUAGCCACGCUGGGAGACUCAAUUGAGGACUAUGAGGUUUUCGAGUUCCUCGGCAAAGGCGGCUUCGCUGAGGUGUACCGCGCCCGGUCGCGCCUCUGCGGUCUUCAGGUGGCCAUCAAGAUGGUGGACAGGGCUCAAGAGAGGACUUGUCCAGACCUCAAGAGGAGAGUUCAGCAGGAGGUGAAGAUCCACUGCCGACUCAAGCACCCGUCCGUGCUGGAGCUGUACAACUACUUUGAGAACAAACGCUACGUGUACCUCGUUCUCGAGUACUGUGCCAGCGGAACGCUGCAGGGGUACCUGGAUGCGAGGGGCGGAACGCUGUCUGAGCCCGAGGCGCGUCACCUUCUGCAACAGAUUGUGGAGGGCCUGUUGUAUCUGCAUUCGCAUGCCAUCAUGCACAGGGACCUCUCGCCCGCAAACUUGCUGCUCACAAAGGAUUUGCACGUGAAAAUUGGGGACUUUGGUCUGGCAACACGGCUGUCCCAUCCUGCUGAGCGCCACACGACCUUGUGCGGCACUCCUAACUACAUCUCUCCGGAAGUGGCAUCACGGGGCUCCCAUGGCCUGGAAGCAGAUGUCUGGAGUAUCGGUGUGUUGUUCCACCUGUUGCUCGUAGGAAAGCCCCCCGGAGUCUCGGGAACGUUGUCGUGUUCCAAGCGCCUGUCCCACGAUGCCAGCUCCCUCUUGGCGGGACUUUUGCAGAGGGACCCUCGACAUCGACUGCCGUUGAGUGAAGUGCUUCGGCAACCUUUUUUCCUGCGUGGUAGCGCAAAGGCGCUGAGGCCCCUGAGCCUUGCUGUGGCCCCACAGAAGCCCUUUAACACCUGUCGCCUGCGCCCCGUUCGACUACGAGCUAGGCACACCAUCCUGAGCAUUCAGCCAAGCGGCCAAGCGUGCAUCGAAUUCAUCCGCAACGGUGUGGUGGCCGAGGUGUGCAUCGUUUCUGGGGACGGCCGCCAGGUGGCCUCGUUUCGCCCCCGUGGACCGGGUCAGCCCCCAGGCGACGCCCCGCCUCCCCUGCCCCCCGACGUCAAGUGGCUCCAGUGGAACGGGCUGAACGAAAGGUUGCAGGGUCGGUACGCAUCGCUGUCCCGUUUCGUAGGGCUGGUGCGUCAGAAGACUCCCAAAGUCGUGCUCUACACCCCGCAGGCUGCCUGCAUGCUCACCGAAAACAGGGACUUUGAGGCAUCCUUCUACGCAGGUGGCAAAGUUGUGCAGACAGCUGAAGAAGUUAGAGUAACAGAUGUUUUAGGUCAAACGACCACAUACAGUGCUUCAGACUCCCCCUCUGGGGAACACUGGGAUCUCUUCUGUGAGAGUAAACGAUAUUGCCAGGCACUGGAGGCAGCCAUCGAAUCUGCUGCUGCACCAGGCUUUGAUCCCUUCCCAGCUGUUUUCGGCAGGAAACCUCGAGAAGCACAGAGUGGCACAUCGCCAUCAUCUCGUAUGUAUAGCCGGAGACAGGACAUGCCCGGAUUUCACUCCAUAUUCAAAGACGCGAGUUCAGCAAAGAACACUCCUUCCAUCACGUACGCAUCAUGCAUUGCACGAUCUGUCCAAUAAUUCCUGCCUUUAUUCCGCGCAUAAAUACAAACGUCCGCAACUUGUUCAAAAUACAUACGAUAGUUUUUCCACCGGCAGUACCAAGCUCCGUACUCUUUACCAUGCUACGGCAUAAUAUACAUAUCACUGGGAGCGUC